UGAACAAGCAUCAUCAUGUCUUUACAAACAAAACGUCAACAUUGCUAUUUAUGCGAUCUGCCCCGCAUGCCCUGGGCCAUGAUCAAUGACUUCUCCGAAGCUGUGUGCCGUGGCUGUGUCAACUAUGAGGGAGCCGAUCGCAUUGAAUUGGUACUCGAUGCAGCCAGACAAAUGAAACGCCUACAUCAGGCCUCCAAGAGGAGUCAUGAAAACGGUGAAGUUCAGACCAGCUCCGUGCAACCACCCACACAAGGUCAAACACAUAGGGUGACGGCGGCUGGUGGCGGACCCAUUAGUGUGGGAGUAGUGGGUCAGCAGCAACAUCAUCACGCCUAUCCUGCACAACGUAUUGGACCGCCACAAACUACGCUCAUGGAUUUCCCCGUCAAAAUGGAGGCCCACGAUGCCAAUGUUAGGCCCGUUCGUAUAUCACACAUGGCACCACAUCACAUGCCCAUGUCCAGUCGGGCUGUGGCGGCGGCGGCCGCUGCAGCAGCCGGUUCCAAUAUCAAUCCAUCGCAGGUUGGUGGACCCGUGCCGCCAGCAUUGUCGGUUAAUUUGAAGAGAUCACCUUCAGAGGAGGAUGAUCAUGGUCACACAGAUGGCAGCGGGGGCCCAUCGGGUAUCAAGCGGCCAGCAUUGGAUGAUCCCUCGACGAGGCCGCCACUAACACGAGGCGAAUCAUUGCCAGCAGCCGUGUCAUUUGUAUCGGAACGUCCAUCGGGUAUGAGAGAAAAACAUCAGCCUGUGCGAGCGCCCUCAUUUGAUGCCUCCACCUUCAAGCCUGGCGUUUUUCCAACACUGCCUCAUCCGGUCGUUUCGCUGGGCAAUUCGACGCCACCAGCAUUACCAACAUCUCAACCACAACCUCUUCCACCACAGUCAAUAGCACCACCAUCUAUGCCACAAUUAUCAACAACAGCCUCCUCAGUAACACAAUUAGCAAGUCCGAUGGCUAAUUUAAUGUCUAUUACAGAGACAUUGCCGCCCGGUAGCCCACGCAAUGGACCCAGUCCACCCGGACCACCACCGCCACGUACGGCAUCUCGGGGUAGUCAGCAUUCGCCGAACAGUUCAGCUGGUUCGUCUUCCGGACGACGUUCAUCGGGAUCACGUCAUGUGUCCAGUACCACAGUUACUAGCUCCGAAGCCCAGGGCAAUCCACAACAACCCACAAAUGCACCUCCCGUAGGACCGGGUGGACCGGUAAACAAUAGCAGCGGUGGCGUUGGCAAUGGUCCAGCAAAUGGUCCAUUGGCGGCGUCAGCCCCAGGUGGCCCUGAUGGUGUAACGGGACCGGCCGGUGCAAAUCCCACAGGCCAGCCAACAACCGGCCUGACAACAAGUACAGGAGCCGGUACUGCACCACCUGGUACAACAGCACCGCCACCAAAUGCAGCGCAAAAUACCACACUUAAGUGUACACUGUGCCAGGAGCGACUUGAAGAUACUCACUUUGUACAAUGUCCUUCGGUGAAUCAUCAUAAGUUCUGUUUCCCAUGCAGUAGGGAAAGCAUUAAACGGCAAAAUGGUCUUGGCAAUGAGGUCUAUUGUCCCAGCGGCGAUCGAUGUCCGUUGGCAAACUCAACAAUACCUUGGGCCUUUAUGCAGGGCGAGAUUACCACAAUUCUAGGAGAAGAGAUUAAGGUCAAGAAGGAACGAGAGUCUUAAUGUCCAUUUUAUUGUAAAAAGCUGAGGCGAGCUUUGGAAAAAUACUAAACCCAACAACAACAACAACAAAUAAA